UCGCCAUGCCAUGUUCCCGCCUCUUCCCCCUCAACCUCCCCUCCCCUUCCCCAUUACUUCCCCUCCCCAUCCUUCCGCCCACCAGCGGAGCUCCUGGCGCAGAUGCUGCGCGAGGGGCACCUUCCGCGCGUGGCUGUGUGGAGCGCCGUGGUGAGCCGCAUGGGCCGCGACCCCGCGCUCGCUGCCGCCGCCGUGAGGCUCUUCAGAGACUGCUGCGCCGUCGCUGCUGCCAAGGUGCGUUGCUUGCAGAACCAUUCCUCACGCGCACCACACCCUGCCUGCUUUCCUCCCCACAGCUGUCCUCACAUGCGUCCGGAAACAGCAGCCUUCAUUCCUCUAUUUUCCCCCCUAUCUCCCGCUCUAUCCCCACCCUAUGCGCCCCAUAUCCCCUUCCUAUCCCCCCUCUUAUUCCCCCCUCUGUCCCCCUCUCUAUCCCCCCCCUCUAUCACCACCUCAAUCCCCCAAUCUGCCUCCGCUUCUAUCCCCCCUUCUAUCCCCUCCUCUAUCCCCCUUCCCCCCCCCCCCUCCUAUUACCCGCUUCCACCCCAAAGAGCUCUUCACAUGCGUCCGGGCACAGCAACCUUCAACCGUCUGUCCGCCCUACCUCUCCCCUCUAUCCCCCACCCGUGCGCUCCCUUUCCCUCACCGUUCCCUCCCCUUUCCCUCCCCGUUUCCCCUCAGAGCCCCCCCCCUCACAUGCGUCCGGACACACCAGCCUUCAACCCCCUAUCUCCCCCCUAUCGCCUCCCACAUUCGCCCGGACACAGCCUUCAUCCCCCCAUCCCCCCCCUAUCUUCCCUCUAUUCCCCCUUCUAUCUCACCCCCAAGCGCCCCCUAUCCCCCCACUUCCCCCCCAGAGCUCCCCCCACAUGCGCCCGGACACAGCAGCCUUCAACGCGGCGAUCAACGCGGCGGUGACAGCUGGCGACCUCCCAUUGGCGGAGAGGCUGCUGGGGGAGGGCAUGGCGGGGGCGGGCGUGACCCCCGACGCCAUCAGCUUCAACAUUCUGAUCAAGGGGCGCGCGGCGCAGGGCAUGCCUGAACGCGCACAUGAGCUGCUGAGACAUAUGCUGGUGAGUGUGGCGUGGCAUGGCGAGGGUGGGUCGGAAGUGAAUGGAGGGCAUGGUAGGGGCAGGCAUGGCAGGCGCAGGGCGUCCAACCAUUUCCAGCCACAUGCAGCGUCCAGCAACUCGGUGGUGGCGGGGUUCGCAGGGCGUACAGCCAGACGCGGCAUCGUUCAACCCGGUGGUGGCGGGCUAUGUGGCGUGCGGCAUGAUGAGGCGCAGGGCGUGCAGCCAGACGCAGCGUCGUUCAACUCAGUGGUGGCGGGCUAUGUGGCGUGCGGCAUGAUGGGGGAGGCGCAGGCGCUCGUGCAGACCAUGUGGGACCUGGGGGAGGGGCAGGGGGAGGGGGGGAGGGAGGGGCAGGACCAGGGUGAGGCGGAGGCGGAGGGGGAGGGGCAGGGGGAGGAGAAGGGAGCAGAGGGAAAGGAGGGUGGGAAGCAUCGGGUGGGGGUGGGGCCCAACGUGCGUAUGCUCUCCAUCCUCAUCAAGGGGCUCGUCGCCUCUGGGGACCUCGCUGCAGCCUUUGAGUGGUUUGACCGCAUGAAGCAGCGCCCUGACACCGCCCCGAACCACAUCACAUACGCCACGCUCAUGCACGCCCUCCCAAGCCUCUGGAAGGCCGCCGGGCCCAGCAAUGCAUGUGCAGGCAGUGAGAGUCUUAGCGGCGCUGGGAGUCUUAAUGGCACUGGCAGCCUUAAUGGCACUGGAAGCGUUAGUGGCACUGGCAGCCUUAGUGGCACUGGAAGCGUUAGUGGUACUGGGAGUGGGGCAGGCGCAGGCAGGGAGGAGGCGGUAGAGCAGCAGGGGCUGGGUAAUGGCCGUGCUGGUGUGCUGGCUGGUAGCAGCACAAGGGACAGAAUGGUGGUCCGGACAGGCUUUAGCAAUCCGACAACGAGGGAAAACAGCGAGGCCCUAGCAGGUGCAGGCAACCUUGACGAGUUGGCGGUGGUGGCAGCGCGGCAGCUGCUGGAGGAGAUGCGGGCGCGGGGCGUGGCGGGCAACACAGCAGUGUUGAACGUGCUUGUUAAAGCCCACUGCGACCGCGGGCAGAUGGGGGAGGUGGAGGCACUGCUGAGAGAGAUGGGGUGUGGCGGGGGUGCGGGUUCUGGGAAGCGGCGGCCAAUGCAAGGCACGGCUUCCCCUGCUGCACCCAAUACUGGUGAGGCUGCUGGAGGCUUUCCGGCCGCUUCUAAGGCGCCUCAGAAGGCACCCGCUGCUGGCGAGGUUGCUGAUGCUUCUGAGGGUUCGGCCACCCGUGGGGGGGGCGCGUGGGGCGUGCGGCCAAACGCUGCAACGUUUGCGACCAUCAUAGCGGCGUGUGGCAGGGUGAGCACGUGGAAAGGGCGGGGUCAGGCGAAGUGGAGUGCUCGGGGUGAUGCUGUCAGUGGCGCUGAUACUAUUGCAGAGCCUGGUGUGCUACCUCAGGCUGCUGGCCGUUAUGCUGCUGAUGCCCUAGUUAACCCGAGCACCAGUUUUGUGGGCGAGAGCUGGAGCAGCCGCACCAGCGAAACUGGCACGUCCUUUUACGAUCCGGCGGAUGUGAGGUCAGUACAACGCAACGGCAGCAGCAGCUGUAGCAGCAGGGCGGAGACAGAGGGGGGUAGAGCGGAGGCUGAGCGGAGCAGAGGGGGUUCACAGUGGGGCAGGUAUGAGAGCGAGUGGGGUGGGGCAGAGGCAGCAUUGCAAUGGUUUGCUCGCAUGCAGCGGGAAGGCAUAGCGCCAACGGUGCAGGUGUACACGGCUCUCAUCUCUGCCCUCGGCCAGGCCCCUGACGCUGACCCUGCCCGCGCCCUCUCCGUGUUUGAAGAGAUGCUUGUGGAGGCUGGGAGCGGUGGAAUGCGGUUGGGAGGGAGAGGGGGUGGUGGGAGCCGGGGAGGGAGAGGCGGUGCGAUGGUGAGCGGUGGAGAGGUGUUGCGGGUCGAUGCAGUGGCAUGGGGCGCGGUGAUUGACUCACAGGCGAGGGCGGGGCUGGUGGAGCAGGCGUGGAGUGUGUACCAGCGAGCCAAGCGUCUCCUUCAUUCCUCGCUCACCGCCUUGCUUUUGACGACUCUCAUGCCCCCAGCACACGCAUGUCUCUCAUGCUUCUCUCCCUCCCCUGUUGCUGCAUCCCGGCCCCCACUCCUCUUCUUGCUGUUCUUUCCCUUCCAGGCUGCAUCUGCAGCCUCGAUUGCCCCUACCCAAGCCACAUACGGCAGUCUGGUGCGCGCGUUGGCAGCAGCAGAGAGGGCAGGAGAGGCUCUGGUGUUGUGGCGCGACUUGAAGGAGCGACUAGUGGGGGCGGAGGGCAGUGAUUGGGAGGAGGGAAUGGAGGGAAUUGAGGGCGGGGAGGAAAGGUGGGAACUGAUGGGAGAGGCGAGGGAGCGGCGGUGGGAGGAGCGAGGUGAGACGGGAGGGAGCGGGAGUGAGGGAGGGAGUGAAAAGGAGGAGGGAGGGAUGGAGGAGAGUGAGGGUGAGGAGGGGGGACUGGUGGAGGUGGCUGGAGUACGCGGGGAGAGGGAGUGGGUGAGGAGCAGGUGGGAGCAAAGAGUGGACGGAGGGGGAGCGAGAGGGAGAGCGGUGGGUGUGGCAGAAGAAAGAGUGACGUGGAGGGCAGGAGUGGCAGGAGGAGCAGCAAAGGGGGCAGCAGGGGUGUGUGUGGAUGAGGCGGUGAUGGAUGGGCUCAUGCUCAUCUUCAUGCAGGCUGGGUACUUCCAGCGCGCACUGGAGGUGGUGGGGGCGAUGGAGAGGGCAGGGCUGGCGCCCGAGCGACUCAGGUACAGGCGCAUGCUCAUCACCUCCCUCUCCUCUCUCUCCUCCAUUUCUCCCUCAUCCAUUCCUUCCAUCCCCCCUUACAGUGUCGUGGGGGCGAUGGAGGGAGCAGGGUUGGCACCCGAUAGGCUCAAGUACAAGCGCAUGCUCAUCACCUCCCUCUCCUCGCGCCGCCACCGCGCCCUCUCCUCCCUCUCCACCACCACCGCUGCUCCCGAUGAGUUCCUGGGGUCGCGGGGCUUUGAGGCGCUCAAGUUCUGGCUGGGGCUGCCCAACCGUCUCUAUGAGUCUGACUGGAGCUGGCGGGAUUGA